GCUCCCUAGGAGAGGGCGGAGGAGAGGAGGAAGGAAGCGGACUCUGGGUCCCGGCCCCAUUCAUUGCCGCGGCCGGCCGGGCGGGGGUUCGGUAUUUUCCGAGUUAUGGAGGCGCUAAUUCCUGUAAUCAACAAGCUCCAGGACGUAUUCAACACGGUGGGCGCCGACAUCAUCCAGUUGCCUCAGAUCGUGGUGGUGGGAACGCAGAGCAGUGGAAAGAGCUCAGUGCUAGAAAGCCUAGUGGGGAGGGACCUGCUUCCCAGAGGCACUGGUAUUGUCACCCGGAGACCUCUCAUUCUGCAGCUAGUCCAUGUUUCACCCGAAGAUAAACGAAAAACAACAGGAGAAGAAAAUGACCCUGCUACAUGGAAAAACUCAAGACACCUUUCUAAAGGGGUUGAAGCAGAAGAAUGGGGUAAAUUUCUUCACACCAAAAAUAAGCUUUACACAGAUUUUGAUGAAAUUCGACAAGAAAUUGAAAAUGAAACAGAAAGGAUUUCAGGAAAUAAUAAGGGAGUAAGCCCUGAACCAAUUCAUCUUAAGAUUUUUUCACCCCAUGUUGUCAAUCUGACACUUGUGGAUUUGCCAGGAAUGACUAAGGUGCCUGUAGGUGAUCAACCUAAGGAUAUUGAGCUUCAAAUCAGAGAGCUCAUUCUUCGGUUCAUCAGUAAUCCAAAUUCCAUUAUCCUCGCUGUCACUGCUGCUAAUACAGAUAUGGCAACAUCAGAGGCACUUAAAAUUUCAAGAGAGGUAGAUCCAGAUGGUCGCAGAACCCUAGCUGUAAUCACUAAACUUGAUCUCAUGGAUGCGGGUACUGAUGCCAUGGAUGUAUUGAUGGGAAGGGUUAUACCAGUCAAACUGGGAAUAAUUGGAAUAGUUAACAGGAGCCAGCUAGAUAUUAAUAAUAAGAAGAGUGUAACUGAUUCAAUCCGUGAUGAAUAUGCUUUCCUUCAAAAGAAAUACCCAUCUCUGGCCAAUAGAAAUGGAACAAAGUAUCUUGCCAGGACUUUAAACAGGCUACUGAUGCAUCACAUCAGAGAUUGCUUACCAGAGUUGAAAACAAGAAUAAAUGUUCUAGCUGCUCAAUAUCAGUCUCUUCUAAAUAGCUAUGGUGAACCUGUGGAUGAUAAAAGUGCUACUUUACUCCAGCUUAUUACCAAAUUUGCCACAGAAUAUUGUAACACUAUUGAAGGAACUGCAAAAUAUAUUGAAACUUCAGAGCUAUGCGGUGGUGCUAGAAUAUGUUAUAUUUUCCAUGAGACUUUUGGGCGAACCUUAGAAUCUGUUGACCCACUAGGUGGCCUUAACACUAUUGACAUUUUGACUGCCAUUAGAAAUGCAACUGGUCCUCGUCCUGCUUUGUUUGUGCCUGAAGUUUCAUUUGAGUUACUGGUCAAACGGCAAAUCAAACGUCUGGAAGAGCCCAGCCUCCGUUGUGUGGAACUGGUUCAUGAAGAAAUGCAAAGGAUCAUUCAGCACUGUAGCAAUUACAGUACACAGGAGUUGUUGCGGUUCCCUAAACUUCAUGAUGCCAUAGUUGAAGUAGUGACUUGUCUUCUUCGUAAACGGUUGCCUGUUACAAAUGAAAUGGUCCAUAACUUAGUGGCAAUUGAACUGGCUUAUAUCAACACAAAACAUCCAGACUUUGCUGAUGCUUGUGGGUUAAUGAACAAUAAUAUAGAGGAACAAAGGAGAAACAGGCUAGCAAGAGAAUUACCUUCAGCUGUAUCACGAGACAAGUCUUCUAAAGUUCCAAGUGCUUUGGCACCUGCCUCCCAGGAGCCCUCCCCUGCUGCUUCUGCUGAGGCUGAUGGCAAGGUUGCAUCUGGAGGUGGUGGGGUUGGAGAUGGUGUUCAAGAACCAACAACAGGCAACUGGAGAGGAAUGCUGAAAACUUCAAAAGCUGAGGAGUUACUAGCUGAGGAAAAAUCAAAACCAAUUCCAAUUAUGCCAGCCAGUCCACAAAAAGGCCAUGCUGUGAAUUUGCUGGAUGUGCCAGUUCCUGUUGCACGAAAACUAUCUGCCCGUGAACAGCGAGACUGUGAAGUUAUUGAACGACUCAUCAAAUCUUAUUUUCUUAUUGUCAGAAAGAAUAUUCAAGACAGUGUGCCAAAGGCAGUAAUGCACUUUUUGGUUAAUCAUGUAAAAGAUACUCUUCAGAGUGAGUUAGUAGGACAGCUGUAUAAAUCAUCCUUAUUGGAUGAUCUUCUGACUGAAUCCGAGGACAUGGCACAGCGCAGGAAAGAAGCAGCUGAUAUGCUAAAGGCAUUACAAGGAGCCAGUCAAAUUAUUGCUGAAAUCCGAGAGACUCAUCUUUGGUGAAGAGAACUAUGUAAUACUGAGACUCCACUGACUUGCUAGUUACUGCCUACUUGAGUAGAAUUUUAUUUAUGAACUCCUGUGUAUUGCAAUGGUAUGAAUCUGCUCAUGUGAAGACUGGCUAUAAACUGAAAAUUAUACUCUGUAUUGCAGAACGAAUCACACAUUUAAUCCAAAUAAUAAAUGGCUGUUUCUAAAAUUUCCUAGUAUAUAUAAAAUACAUCGUCUGUCUUGUGACAGUUUCAUCUGAACUUAAAAAGAACUGUUAAUAGUUCUAGUUGUACAAGCAGUUUGUCUGUGGAUAAGAUGACCUGUGUAAUCUGCUAGUAGUCUUAAAGCUGCUGCCAUAGCCCUUCAAGAAGAAUGCACCAAGACACCAUGUCAUACGACUAUAAUGCAUGCACUAUUAUUUAAACCGAACUGGCUUUGAAAGAGGUGGGUUGACAAGUUACUCAGUAGUCAGUCACUAUUCCACCUGUUCUUUGAUUUAGUUUUAUUGAGCUUCUCUGAAACCUUUGAUGUGUUUGUAAGAAAGCUGAACACACGAGAGGAUCUGUAACAAACAUUGACAAUGAUGUGAUGUGCAUAAUGUGUAGCUACAGUCCUUCCACUUCUGGGUCCACAUUCCCCUGGUGCGUUAAAAAUUACAAUAUCAUCUUUGAUCUUACUUAAACCUGGAAGCGUGAAUUAUGUUUUCCUGCAUUAAGAACAUCUAGCCUUGAUUAUCUAGUAAGACUUGGUAAUGACCAUCUUUCCUUUUAGUUUUCAGAAGUCCUAAUAAAUUCCCCUUGGUUUUCAAAUAUCAUAGUAAUAAUUCAGAUACAUUUUUAAAUUGGAGCCCUCUGACCACGCUUCAAGAUUCACUUGGAGGUGGGACUUAAAACCAAAUACUGUGGUGAUUUUAAGUGUAUCUUCCUAUUAGUUGUUAAUAGUUACUUUUGCUUCACACCAACAAAGUACAUUAGAAUAGAAAGUAAUGGUGGGGCUUUAUUAUUUAAAGAAAAACAUCCUGACACACACACAUAACUCCUAAAGGCUUUCAGGGGGUUGGGAGUAAGGUUUAGAACAUAUACACAUUUUACCAAAAUUCCCCAGGUGAUUCUUGAUAUGAAUUACAUUAUAAGUUUUAAAAUGAUAAAUUACAUAUUGCAGAUAUUAAAGUCUAUUUUUAAGUUACGACAUUUAUGAAGGACUACUGGCAGGAAUGUGUGAAUAUGUCUGUUACUCUUAGCUAAUGGCACCCAUUUACUGUACUAAGAGACAAGAGACUCAGCAACUGAUCUCAAACAUAAAAAAACAGAUUCAGUCUGAUAUGGUAUGGUACUACUUAUACUUAGCAGUACCAUCUUCAUAGAAUACAUGCUUCCAGAAUGUUUAUUAGCAUACUUUAAAAUCACUCUGCCAUUAUUAAACAUUAGUUUUGAAAUUAUAGCCAUCCAUGAUUUACUUAUUUCAGAUCAGAUGACUUCCAUUCUAGUCUAGCUUUUUUAAUUUGUAAGGGGGGAAGAAAACUUACAAUGCACCUUUCUCCAGCAAAUUUCAAAUUGAAAACAUUACCUGCUAUGAUAAUGCACUUGCUAGUACUACACACCGUGUACAAAGAAAAACAGAGACAAGAGGUAUGCAAAGAUAAAACCUCCUUUUGUUGACACUUAAACUGAGUAAAGUUCUGAAAUGCAGAGAUGAUCUCUGACAUUUAUAAUGGAUACCUGUAUGUUCUUACUAUGUAAAUAAAGUUGCUGGUAUGAAGUGACAUUAAAGUUUGUCAAUAAAUGAAUUCUUCCUAACUUUACUCCCAGAAGAAGGUUUAGAUAAACUAUAGCUUUUUUAACAUAUAAGUCUACUUUGGAACAUAGCAAUACAGCUUAUACUGUAUGAAAGUUUUAUGACUUUCUUCUUUUUAGAUUUUCAUAAUUGACUGAGGUAUUAUUACAUCUCCAUUUUUUGCAUAUGAAGAUAAUGACUUGCUCCAAGUAAUCCAGGUAGUAAAUAGCUAGAAUUUGAACUCUAAAGCCAUGCUUUGCUGCCUGUAAGAUUUUUCUAGAACACAUCUGAUUGUAAACCAUUUUGAGUGUAUGUUUGUGCUUCACUUGAUGCUCAGGGGAAAUAGGGGUGCUAUUACCUUCGAUUUUUCAGAUGUUGGAAAUAGUUCUGGAGAAUCAACUUGCCUAAAGAAUGUAGAGCUUAAUUUAACUAAGUCUUGAUUCCAAAUCCUUUAAAUUUGACCUGAAAACUUCCCUUACUGGAAUGUCUUUUGAUAUUCUCAAAUGAUUAGAUAUUUAGUAUAUAUAUUUUGCCUCUAUUUUAUCUUGUUGGUUACUUAACUUUUCACUUCAUCUCAAGCUGCAAU